GACAGAGAGAAGCAGCAAAGGUCUUUUUUAAGCACAAACUUAUCUUUGGGAAACACAACAAUCUUAGAUUCCUCCUCCUGCUUCAAUAAUUCAAGCAUGAACAUGCAAAAACAACAUGAAUUCCAGCUUUGGAAUAUCUGGAUCUAGAAGCUCUGAGAAGGCCUAAAAAAUAUUUUCCUUUUAGAGGUGAUAACCUUGAUGUUGGGUAAAUUAAUGGAUAGAUUUCAAAAUAAAGGGAUGAACUUUGUGUGUAUAAAGGAGUAGAUGAAUUUUUUACAAAGAUGAAAAUAAUUCUAAGGAGUAAUAGACUAAAUUUUUUUCUCAGUUAUUAUUUCUAUCUGCUUAGUAAGAAAAUGAAACUCUCUUUCCCCAUGGAAGAUAAAGAAAGCAGGAAAUGAAACAGUCCCUUUCAUUUAAUAGUGCUGCCUAAUGUUCUCUACAGUAUGAGAACAACAAUUUUUGCAACUUGAAUAGAAGCAUAAUGAAGGACAUAGGAGAAGAACAAAACUACUUAAGCAACAAUUUGAAGAGGUCAGUGAUAGUUUCUCUAACCAUAAAUAAAGACAAUAUGUAGAUAAAUUGAGCCUUAGAAUACAGAUAUUCAAAUUUACAGCAAUAUCUUAAAACUCUGAUUUUUUGCAUCAAUAAAAGGAUAUUUUCCACACAAAUGGAAAUGUAUAAUAUGAAUGAAAAAAGUCAAUCAACUAGCAUUUAUAUCUUAAAAGCCUACUAUGUAUGCCACACUGUGCUAAGCCCUGGAAGAAUUAAGACUAAUAGAACUUGAUUCUAUAAAACAUGGAUCCAACAAUAAUGAUAAUUCAAAGAAUCUAUGUAGGAAAACAUUUUCAUUGUCUUGUAUAUGUAGUUUGGAAAAUUGAAAGUACAGUUAAAUGAAAGAUACAGUUAUAAUUUUUCCUGAGAUUUACAUUUAAAACAACAAUGUACUUGGUAGAGCAAUUUACAAGAUAAGACCAUAAUUAGAAUCUAAGUAGACUUACAUAAACAAGAUAUAAGACCUUUAAAGAGUUCUUGAAGUGAGCGAUAUUACAUAAAGGAAAUGAGGGCAAUGGGAUCUAAAAUAAGUGAAUGAAAGAAACUCUACAUUAAUCUAUACUUACAUAUUGAACCACAUGAUGUCGCUGUCCUCCGCAAGGUGGAUUUUCUAACAAAGGAUAGACUGUGUUUCUAUUCUUCUCAACGAAAUAGACACAAGCUUAUUCAAUGGGUGAUUCAGAACGAACGGUAAUAUUCAAGGAAGGCCAAAAGCAAAGAAAAUUUGACUUAAGGAGAAGGAUAAAUUAGUUUUUCGAAGGAAUUCUUUAAGUUGAGAAUCAUUAACCAGUGAUACAUAAAUCUGGAGAGAAAGGUUUUGCUAUGGCGUUUUCUUGGGGAGCCGAACUGGGAGCCCAGCACCUGCUGUUCUUGAUUCUUCUUCACACUGUCUGGGAGGUGGGGAGCGGCCAGGUCCAUUACUCCGUACUGGAAGAAGCGAAACACGGUACGUUCGUGGGGCGAAUCGCUCAGGAUCUGGGUCUGGAAGUCAGAGAGCUGGUGCCUAGGUUGUUUCGGGUUGUUUCCAAAGAUCGCAGGGAUUAUUUGGAGGUAAAUGUACAGAACGGCGUUUUGUUUGUGAAUUCGCGAAUCGACCGGGAGUACUUGUGUGGCCGAAAUCCGGUUUGUAGCAUCCACUUGGAGGUAGUCGUAGACAAGCCUCUGCAGGUUUUCCAUGUGGAGGUGGAGAUCAAGGAUAUUAAUGACAAUCCGCCUGUGUUCUUGGUUAAGCAACAAAAAUUAUUCAUUUUAGAAUCCAGGACUGCAGAUUCUAGAUUCCCAUUAGAGGGCGCGUCUGAUGCUGAUAUAGGGGCUAAUGCAGACUUAUUAUACAAGCUGUCUGAGAGUGAAUAUUUUACUUUGGAUAUAAAUACAAAUGAGGGGGAGACUAAAUCCAUAGAGCUAGUUUUAAAAAAAUCUUUAGACAGAGAAGAAACUCCUGAACAUAAUUUAUUAUUGAUGGCCACAGAUCAAGGUAAACCAGAACUAACUGGAACAACACAAGUGCUGAUUUCUGUGUUGGACGCAAACGAUAACGCCCCAGUAUUCGAUAAAUCCAUCUACAAUGUUAAAUUACUCGAAAAUAUUCCCAACGGGACGCUAGUGAUCAGACUGAACGCCUCUGAUGCAGAUGAAGGAGUAAAUAAAGAGAUACAGUAUCACUUUGGAAGUCUUAUUUUAGGUAAUGUAAGAUCAAAAUUCAGCAUCGAUAGUAAUACAGGAGAAAUAAGAGUAAAUGGAAAUCUGGACUAUGAAGAAUGUAAUUUAUAUGAAAUCAAGGUUGAGGCUGUUGAUAGAAGUGCUUUUCCGUUAACAGGUCAUUGCAAAGUUAUGGUGAAGUUACUAGAUGUUAAUGACAAUGCUCCCCAGGUGUCUGUAACUUCUUUAUCUCUACCAAUCCUGGAGGACGCUCCGCCAGGUACAGUUAUCGCCCUUGUCAGUGUUUUUGACAGAGAUUCGGGAGCCAACGGGCAAGUGACUUGCUCCCUGUCACCCCCGGGACCCUUUGCUCUGGUGUCCACCUUCAGGAAUUAUUAUUCACUAGUGCUGGAUAGUUCUGUUGACCGUGAGAGCGUGCCGGCUUAUGAGCUUCUAGUGACUGCGAGGGACGGCGGGACACCAGUGCUUUGGGCCACGGCUAAGGUGUCUGUGGACAUUGGCGACGUAAAUGACAACGCACCUUCCUUCGAACAAUCUAUGUACACUGUGUUUGUGAAGGAGAACAACCCGCCGGGCAGUCACAUCUUUACUGUGUCUGCAUUGGACCCAGAUGCACAGGAAAACGCGCUCGUGUCUUACUCGCUAGUGGAGCGGCGGGUAGGGGAGCGUCCGCUGUCAAGUUAUGUGUCUGUGCACUCGGAGAGCGGGAAAGUGUACGCCUUGCAGUCUCUCGACCACGAGGAGCUGGAGCUGCUUCAGUUCCACGUGAGCGCCCGAGAUGCGGGUUUCCCUCCUCUGGGCAGCAACGUGAGCCUGCAGGUAUUCGUCCUGGACGAAAAUGACAACGCACCGACCGUACUCCCGCCUCAUGGUGGCCUUAGCCCAGUGACAGAACUGGUAUCACAAUCUGUAGCCGUGGGCCACGUGGUGGCUAAAAUUCGAGCCGUGGAUGCGGAUUCUGGAUACAAUGCGUGGCUAUCUUACGAGCUGCUUCCAGAGGGGAGCAUUGGACGCUGUCCUUUUCGCGUGGGUUUGUACACCGGCGAGAUCAGCACCACGCGGGCUCUGGAGGAUUUGGAUGCAUCAAGGCAGACCCUACUGGUAUUAGUGAAGGACCAUGGGAAACCUGAGUUGUCAACCACAGCAACUGUGAUUGUGUCACUGGUGGAAAACGGGCAGGCGUUCAAAACUUCAUCUAGCAGUUCUGAGGUCCUGGGAAAGGCUGGUAUGGAAAAGGAAUCAUCGUUGAUGGAUGUGAAUGUCUAUCUGAUCAUCGCUAUCUGUUCGGUGUCUAGUUUAUUGGUACUGAGCCUGUUGCUUUAUGUGGCUCUUCGAUGCACCGUGUCCCCGAAGGGUGUGUAUGGUACUGGGAAGCCUACGCUAGUAUGUUCCAGUGAAGUUGGAAGCUUGUCUUAUUCUCAGCAGCAGCGGCAGAAGGUGUGUUCCUGGGAUGGGAUGACCAAGAAUGAUCUCAUGGCCUUCAGUCCCAAUCUCCCCCAGCCUCCUAGUUCUAGGGAAGCAGGUCAAACCCAGGAAGGUGCGAUGGAAUAUCCCGGGAAGGUGAGUAGAAAUUUCUAAUUCUUAGCAACUAUAUAAUUGUAAUUUUAAAAAUUUCCGAAUGUAAUUAGUAUUUACAUAACACCUACUAUGUGCCAGGCAUUUUACAAAUAUGAUCGCAUAUUUUUAAAAUAAUCUCAUUUGAUCCUCACAACAAUGGAUAGCUACAUCACCCUUUCAGAUUCCACAGUAAAUAAGAGUAAUGAAUUUCUGCCAAAAUAGUUACCCUGACUAAUCUCAUUUAUGGUAGAUUUAUGUUCAAAUCGUCUGUGAUUCUCUACUUUUUCCUAGAGUCUAGUUUUUAAUUCUUUGGCUGAACAUUUAAGAAUCUCUAUAGUAAUUCAAUCUUUCCUUUCCAUUUUUAAAAAUUAAAUUUCUCCACGCUUUUCCAGUUUUAAAAAUUAAGUUCUUCCACAUAUUUUAAGCUAGGUUUCUGGAUAUUCCACAAAACUAGAACAUUUCUCUCUGUAUUUUCAGCUAUUGACUUCCUAUGCAUUUUAAAAUGCCUUACUCAAAUGUUCUCUCCUUCAUGAUAUCUUUAUUGAAAAUACUCUCAUUAUUAUUUAUUGAAAUUUCUCCCAUAGCAUAUACCCUGAUAUACUUACAUUUGUAACUUUCUGAGAAACUUGUCAUAUUU